AUGGCUGGCUACCAGUUGCUUGGUCAUACAUACCAUAACAAAAUGGAAAGGUUUCGGCAGGGUGGAAGAGACAGCUGCACCACAGGUGGAGGAGGAGAGAGCCUAAAUCCAGGAUCAUCUUCGUUGAGGAUCAUCCUGGUAGGGAAAACAGGCAGCGGGAGAAGUGCCACCGGGAACAGCAUCCUCUGCCAGCCCGUGUUUGAGACCAAGCUGGCGUCCCAGUCGGUGACCAGGAAGUGUCAGAGGGCAACAGGCACGUGGAAUGGGAGGAGCAUCCUGGUGGUGGACACGCCCCCCAUCUUUGAGGCUGAGGCCAAGGCCCAGGAUCAAGAGGUGUAUGAGAAUAUCGGAGCCUGUUACCUGCUGUCGGUGCCAGGGCCCCACGUGCUGCUGCUGGUAACCCAGCUGGGGCGCUUCACCGAACAGGACGUGGUGGCCGUGACCAGGGUGAAGGAGGUCUUUGGGGCGGGAGCCGAGAGAUACAUGGUCAUCCUCUUCACCCACAAGGAGGACUUAGAUGGUGGAUCCUUAGAUGAGUACGUGGCAAACACAGACAACCUCAGGCUGAGGAGCCUGGUCCGGGAGUGUGGGCGGAGGUACUGCGCCUUCAACAACCGGGCCUCUGGGGAUGAGCAGAGAGAGCAGCUGGCCCAGCUGAUGGCCGUGAUCGAGGGGCUGGAGCGGAAGCACCAGGGCGCCUUCCUCACCAAUGAGCUCUUCUUUGAUGCACAGAUGCUCCAGCAGAUGGGGGGUGGCGCCCAUGGAGAAGGUCAGAGGCGCUACCUGGCCAAGGUGCAGUUGCAGGUUGCAAAGCAAAAGCAAGGCCUGAAAGAGGCCAAGAGAAACUGGGCCUUCAAGACAGUCUUCCGACUCAAAGCCUGGAUCGCUUUAAAUUAUGAGCUUUGUGUUUGUCUUGCUUGGUGCAGUUUACUUUUUCUUCUUAUUCUACUGAUCAUCCUGUACCAGCUUUAA